AUGUUAGAACAGGAGAAUCAACAAGAGAAGUCUGGUGAUAACGGCACCAACCCGCAGCCUGGUCCAUCCGCACCCCGAUAUCUCCAGAUGGAAGACCACUUGUGGGAGUAUCCGAGGGACGAGGGUGAAGCGUGCUACGAUCAGCACUACGAACAAGGGGAGACUUACGAUUACAAAGAUCCCGAGGAUGUGAACUUUCCAGACACGGCCGAAGCAGAAAUGGCAGGAGACAGCAUAAUGUUGAAACAGGAGGAUCAACGUGACAUAGGUGAUGCCAGUUCCGGUAACAGUACCGACCCGCACCCUGGUUCACCUAAACCCAGAUACCUUCAGGUGGGAGAUCACAUGCUGGAGUACCCGACAGACGAGGGAGAGACGUGCUACGAUCAGCAUUACGAGCAGAGGGAGCCGCACGUGUAUGAAAAACCCGAGGAUGCUAGCUCUGCGGGCAUGGACGGUGCAGAGAAAAUAGCCGAAAAGAACGCAAAUAAAAUGACAGAAGAGGGAGAUCGCCACGCGACAGGAGAUGACCCGGAUGCUGCCGCUUCUGGUAAUAGCGACACCGACCCGCACCCUGGUCCAUCCGUAGUCCGAUGUCCCCAGGGGGAAGAUCACAAACCGGAGGAUCCGAGAGACAAGGACGAGACUGGUUCUCAUCAGAACUUCAAAGAAGAGGAUCCCGGCGAGAACAAAGAACCCGAGGACGUGAGCUUCGCAAAGAAGACCAGAGCCCGUGUCAUGGCGAUGUGGGGUAGAGCAAAAGCUAGUAAAGUUCUGUGGUUUAUCCUGGGUCGUGGACUCUUGGUGAUAGCAUUAAUUGUCAGCACUGCAACCCUGGCACAUAUCAUUGGAUCUAGAAUAAAAGAGAGAGAGCCACACCAUGGCAAUGAUCAUGAAAAGGCCGGGGACCCUGGCACUCCAUUGCUGAUGACAACCUUUGGGAUCAUGGAGAACAGCUCGCAGGUUGGUCAUUCGACCUCACCCUUCUCACCAUCGGACGCAGAAACAAGAGAAUCACCUACAAGGUUUGGUCUAAACGUCGACACCUUACCGGUGACCGUCACAUCUCUGCCAACCACAGGUAUCACAUCUCUGUCAACCACAGCUCGAUGCCAAGGUGACUGGAGUGAAUACAAUGGUCACUGCUACAAGCUGAUGACGGACAAAGUCAACUGGUUUAAGGCAAAUGAGCAAUGCAAACAACAUGAUGGAAACCUUGCUUCCAUCAUGGACGAAGCCGAGACCCGCUUUAUCAAAGAUAUCAUCAAAAGUGCCCCUAGCGGCUUCAACCCAUCCGUUUGGCUGGGACUACACAAAGACAGGAAUUGGAAAUGGUCGGACGGAUCUCCUGUUACCUACACCAACUGGGGUCCGGGGGAACCCAACAAUUUUUUCCUGUUCCGUGGGAUAGAGGGAGAGAAAUGUGCCGGCGUGUACUUCAAGACGGGAAGAGAUUUCUUCAUCGGUCCACAUCGGAAAAUGGGACAAUGGAACGACUUAAACUGCAACAAGGAGUUCUCAUUUCUUUGCAAGACUCUUAAUUAGCAAUGUCUUAUUGUUUUCGAUUUUUAUUUCUUUCUGGCAUUGUUCCUCAACAGCUAAUUUAAUUGUUUGAAUACAUAAAAUAAACUACUAAAUCCAAUUUUUGUUGAUUUUGCUGAUGACCCGCGAAGAGGUAAACAUACAGUUAACAUGCUAAACGUUAUAUAAACACAAAACCUUUCAAACUCGCAAGAGUCACUCUAAGUCAAUGACGAAAUAAGAUGGAUUGUAUCUCCAAUGUGCAACCAACUUAAUACAUAUUAUAAGAAUGAAAAUGUUGUCUUUUGUAUUUUAAGGCUGUAUUUUUGGCUCUGAGCAGAGAUUUGUAUCAGAAAACAUUUCAAGAAUUCUACUAAAGGAUGUUUACGUAGGCUUGCAUUGUAAUGAGAAUAUUGCUCGACGUACGUUUCUCGAUCUACUUCAUCCAGUUCGAAUUUGAAUGCCGGGAAGUUAUAGCUUAUGACCUUUUCAUCUAGAAGACCGGUUGUUACAGAUGUGUGCAGCAGCUCAGUAGUAGAACCAUCAAAGGUCCAGUGUGGCCGAUUUCUGAGCAUAAGAAUAAAAACGCAGAAAAAAAUGUAGAAAUUUGCACCGGCCAAGGGAUAUAGUAAUGAAAAUGGCACCAUCCCUACCCAUCUGAUUGACACGCCAAGGCGUCUUCAACUGUAACCUACAUGCAUGUGUCCAUAGACAAUUCUUAUUACAUCAUAGUAUUGGAGAAUAAUGGUGUUUUUUAACGAUUUGUAAAAAAGAUAGUUCAUUGUAGCAACAGAAAUGCGAUCUUGAUAAUCUUACCUAAUAUUAAUUGAUGUUCGGCUCUUGUCGUCUCGGCAGACGGUCGACAGCUUCAGUCAGGGCCUAAUUGAUAAUAUUUAUACCAAUGCUAAUAAUGAAUAAUAAAGAUGAAAAUUAAGAAGGACAUUUUCAGUCGGAAGUUCUAAUUAUAUCACUCAUAAGCAAUAUACUGCAUGGUCCAUCAUUUAAAACAAAUGAACAAACAUUUGAAGUAAAAAAAAAUCACAAGUCUGAUAUAAUGUACCUUGAUCAAAUAUA